AUGUCGGGCGCGUUAGCACGGCUGCUCUUCUACCCGACAUUAACCUACAAUGUUGUCAUGGAGAAAGUGUCCCUCAGACGCUGGUUUGACCGAGUGGACGACACCGUGAUCCUGGGACCGCUGCCGUUCAGAUCCAUGACAAAACAGAGCAGUGUUUCCUCUUUUUUAACAAUUAGGGGUGGUGGCCUGGUCCCCGGCGGGGGAUUGAAUGAAUGUGAGUUUUGUGUGAUUAGAGCUGUCGUUGUUGAAUUGUCCUCUUUUCUUUAUGCAGCCACCGUCAGGCCCAAGGAUGCCGUCACUCACAACCAGCUGACAGCGUUUGGGGAGUAUGUGUCCGAAAUGAUGCCCAAAUACAUCCAGCAGGUUCAGGUGACCUGUUAUAAUGAGCUGGAGGUGAUGAUCCAUCCUGAUGGCGUUGUCCCUGUGCUGACCUUCCUGAGGGACCACACCAACGCCCAGUUCAGGAACAUGAUCGACCUGACGGCUGUCGACAUCCCCUCACGGCAGAACCGCUUUGAGAUUGUGUACAACCUGCUGUCGCUGCGCUACAACUCCCGUAUCCGUGUUAAGACGUACACAGAUGAGUUAACCCCUGUGGACUCUGCUGUGCCGGUCCACAUGGCUGCAAACUGGUACGAGAGGGAGCUGAGUCAGAACCUGCAGGCCCAGUCUGAAGAGUCAGCAUUUAUUUAUUUGAAUCCCACGUCAGUCUUUCUCAGUGGGGACUAAAAAAAGGGG